AUGGGCAUCACGGCCGAAACCAUCGUCGCCAUCGUCGCGUUAUUGGUCAUGUGUGUCCCAACCUUACCCUUCCUCUGGCGAUUCCUGCGCAACAAGCGACUGUCCUCGACCGGCGGACAAGCAGCACAGUACCGCCAUCGCAACCGCAACCGGAGCAGCAGUCCUCUGGCUGAGCAACAACUUCAACGUCCUCCGUCUCUCUUCUUCACCCACGUGCCAUACGCAUACACCAGCGGAGCACACACACCGUCAACACGACUUCAAUAUGCCAGCACUGAGUGGGUCCACCACCACCACCAAGCCCACCUGUCGUUGCUAGAGAGUGGAAUGAUGUACACUACCACCAGCGCCCGCUUCGAGGAGAACAUCGUCCUUCGCUCGGGCUCUUGA